GUUCAACUGUGAAGCGGCGGAGCCUCCAGAGCGCAGAGGACACGCAGGACUCCAAAGCCCCUGAAUGAGGGAGUCAGACGUCCGGGAAUGACAGCCGCCGUCUCCGGGAGGGGCGCGUCUUACUCCGAGCGCCUCCGAUAAAUAAAUCAAAACCAACAAAACUGCUCCGGCUGACAGCUCAGUCACAGAUCCGGCUCGGAUCCAGUCACACCGGGACUAUCAUGCCAGAGAUGGAGAAAGGCAGACCCCCGGAAAACAAACGCAGCAGGAAACCAGCGCACCCCGUGAAGAGGGAGAUCAACCAGGAGAUGAAGACGUUUGCAGAAAGCACCAUGAACGAGCUCCUGGGAUGGUACGGCUACGACAAGGUUGACCUCCGAGAGUCGGAGGCCAAUGAGAUUCGAAACUACAGAGAGCGGCGUCAGCAUGUGUCUGUGCUGAAAGAAAACUCGUUGCCAAAACCCAAAAGCUUGGACACCAAAGUCGGUCAUUCUGUCCUGGCCAUGAAGAGUGGAGAAAGGGAAUCCUCCAGUGUCCCAUCCUCUUCACCCUCUUCUUCCUCAACAAGUUCCUCCCUGACCUCCCCCAAGGAGCACAAGAGUGCCCCCGUCAUUGUCCCCCUCAUAAAGCCAUCAGCAGUGGAAGAUGUGCAGAAUGUGCAGAUAGUUUGUGUUUGGUGCCAGAAAGAAGGUGUAAAACGUUAUUCCCUCUGUAUGGGCUCAGAGCUCAAGAGCUUCUGCAGCGAGAAGUGCUUUGCCGCAUGCAGACGAGCCUAUUUCAAACGCAACAAGGCCAGAGAUGAAGACCUCCACUCUGAGAGAUCCCCUCAGCACCCACAUCCAGAGGAUUCGCCCAGACUGGUGUUAAAGAUAAACACCAAUGUCAGAGUAUGUGACUGGUGCAAGCAUGUUCGUCACACUAAGGAAUACCUAGACUUCGGAGCUGGGGAGGAACGACUUCAGUUCUGCAGCAUCAAAUGUCUCAACCAGUACAAGAUGGAUGUAUUUUAUCGGGAAGCACGUGCAGCUCUCACCAGCACCAGUUCCAGCCCCAAUAGAGCCAGCCAAGAUGGGAGGGUGGAUGGGCAAAAGCUACUCACUCCUGAGUCUUGGAACAACAGCAACCAUUCAGGGGAAGCACGCACCCGAAAUGUCUCACCUAAAGGGUCAACGCUAAUUCAUGGGCCUGUAGAAGCCACAUCUGUCUCAUCUUCAGAAGCAUCCUCCUCAUCAUCAUCAUCUUCUUCUUCUUCAAAAGUUUCUGUCUCAGGGCUUAGAACCCUGGAGAGAUCAAUCCAUCCACCUCCACUACCACCUACAGUGGCAGUGUCGCCUCAUUCUGCUUCCCUUCCUCCUCCACUACUUCCUCGCCCACCUUUGGAUCAAAAGCCAAUACCUCAAAUUCCCAUACCCUUCAUCAGGCCCCCUCUUCACGCACAGGGCCUAAAAAGCCCCCUUAUCAAUCCUCCCAGAUAUUCAGGUGCCCCUUCCAGCCCUAUCCACAGACCCCCACAUUCUCCUCACCUGCAACCCUCCACCUCCACUUCCAUAAACCCCCCUGGGCUCAUGCAUCCUUUCCCAGGAGCUUAUUUCCCUGGCUUACACUCCCCACCUAUGAACAUGAUGCCAAGAGGCCCUGUCCCAAUGCCUCCCAUCAUGAAUUUUGGGAUUCCUUCUUUUAGUCCUCUUCUGCCCCAACCGACUGUCCUGGUACCUUAUCCCAUUAUUGUUCCCUUACCUGUCCCCAUACCCAUUCCAAUUCCCAUUCCAGUUCCUCCCAAAGUGGCCCUUGAAACUUCAAGUCAUAGUGGAGUUAUCCAGCCAGUGCCAGAAGGGGUAGAGAGGUGUAGAUCCAGGACUAAUAAAUCAUUGUCUCCAGAGACCUCUGAAGAAGAGAGAAACAUACUGGGUGAGUCUAGCCCAAGGGACAUAGGUUGGGUUAAAUCAGAAAGACAGUUUCUGUCCCCAUCAUCCUCAUCUCAAAGUAAAAUGCCCUCCCCAGGAGCACAAUACAGUGAAUCAUUAUGCCCAGCCUUAGGUUCAGAGGGGCUGACAGACUAUAAGCAACAAAAGUCAGAACGACAAGUGAUCCAGAGGGUUCUCCAAAGAACCCAAGUGAAGCUUGAACCCAGUGCGAAUGGAAUGGGGGACCCAUCAGUGCCAAUGGAGUCUGGAUCUGGGCAAGUUAACAGAUCAGGUCUUCACAAUAUCAUCAGACCAACCCCUCCACUAGCAAUAUCACCUUCACAUGACACUGUCUACCAAAAACAGGACUUGUACACUCCUCCCACCCCACCCAGCCCAUCAGAGAGCAGCCAUUCACAUGACACCAAUUCCUCUGCCCUGACUGCUCAGAACUAUCCUCAAAAUGGUAUGCCUGCUGGUAUAGACUCUUCCUUACCCCAUAAAUUGCCAGCUCCAUGCCUGGACUCUACACUCAGUGAGCUGGAGGCUAUCAAAGAGAAUAAUUGCUCUGCUGUUAGCCCUGGGCGAAUCGAAGGUCCUCUCAAUCAGGCAGAAGGACUUUUAACAGUAGGUGGAGAUGUCGAAGAGGACCCCCACGUUCCAGAUGAGGACCACGCUUAUGCCCUGCCCACAGCACCAAAGACAGGUGGGACCACACCCCCGCUACUCUUGCCAAAACUCAGGGACAAAGGUAGCUUGCGGAAUCCUGCUAACUUAGCCACUGGGGGAGACAUGGAGCCAUCUCUGAAGAGACGAUGCUUACGGAUCCGAGAUCAGAAUAAAUAGAAAUCAGAGACUCCCUGUUUAACGUUGUGGGGGCAGUUCCAGAUUCAGUGCCACGCCGUCUUGUGGACAACACUAGUGUGAACACCCUCCUGUAGACCAGCAGGGUGCCAAACCCAGGGAGCUGACCAGAUGGCCCAGUCAUCGCGAGUCAACAGCGCGGAAGAACGCAACGCAGUCGCACAGUUUGCUUUGGACCAAAAAUAAAUAUAUUUCACCGGCUUAGU